GUCAGAUCUGUUGUCCAAAUUGUGGAGCAAAAUGUGAUAAUCCAGAGUUAAUUCAUGAAAAUCAUAGAAGUACUGAACAUAUUGCAAUGGCAUUUAAAGGAGUGAAGUACCACAAUAUUCACACACCAACAUUGGAAUUAUGUUAUCAGCAAUUGCAAACUAGUGCCUUCAUAGUUGGAAACGAAACAUUUACUCCAAGAAGAAAAUAUUAUGAGGCUAGAGCACCCGGGUGGCUUGAUGAUUUAGACUUGAAAUUCCAAAAUGGAGCAUUUCGUAGUGAAUCAUAUCCACCACCUGAACAACGUCGAGCAUGGAUGGCUGUACGGAAUGUAUUGGUAGCUCAUUAUAAGAUGACAGAUCAUACUUCAUACGAUAAUGAUAUGUAUCCAUCAUCCAUACUUAGUUUACCAUCAGGAUAUACUCCAAAAUGGAAAUAG